AUGGAUAAUGAUCUCAUGAGAUUGCCGGAUUUGAAAAAAUCCAUAAGGACGGUGAAAUCCAGAUUUAGGUUACUUCAACUUCAAGAGGCACGUGGAGAGAGAGUAGUAUGUGAUAGCAGAGGGGAAGAUAGGAUAAGCUUAUUACCUGAACCCUUGUUAUGUCAUAUACUUAGCUUUCUUACGACUGAGGAAGCUGUUUGGACAAGUGUUUUGUCCUCUAGGUGGAGAAAUCUCUGGAAAUGGGUUCCGGUUUUAGACGUAGACAACUUUGAUUUCCCAAAAUCCAAGGCAUGUGUGGGUUUCAUCAACAAGUUUCUGAGUUUCCAGAGCGAAUUCUACUUGCGUGAAUUCAAGCUACUCACUGAAGGUGAAGUCUCUAUUUACGAGCCCUGUCUCGUUAGAGUGCUGAAGCGCAAGAUCCAACAUUUCCAAGUUGAUAAUCACUUCGGACUUCAGAGCAUCAAGAUUCCCUUAAACCAAUCUGUUUGUAAGAAUUUGGUAUGCUUAAAGCUCUAUUUUACAAGGCUGACUGAGUUUGAGUCCCUUUCCUUACCCUGUCUCAAGAUCAUGUACUUGAAACGUGUUAAAUUGCCUAGGGAUGUAGUUGUUGAGAUUGAUACUCCGAGGCUUGAGUAUCUGACUCUCAUAGAUUACAGCUUCAAAAGAUUCUUCAAGAUUAUCAGUAUGAGUGAUUCUGUCAAGGUUGAUAUUGGUGUCGACUUUGAGGUAAUGAUGGCUCAUAAAUUAUCGCAAAGAAAUGUUAUCUAUACUCUUCUUAGCAAUUUUACAGCCGUUGAAGUUAUGACCAUCUCACGGGAGACUCUUCAGUUGAUCUAUUGUUUCCAGCACAUCAACCCAUUACCCAAAUUUCGUGACUUGACCCGUCUGCGUUCUUCAAUGUUCGUACACGCCUCUUUGGUAGUAUUGCCAAUCGUUCUGGAGAGCUGCCCGAAUCUGAAACACUUGAACUUGGUAAUGACAUGCUUAAAUGAUUAUAGCUUGGAAACCAAGCUUUCGACUGUGCUGUCUUUUUGUUUGGUAUCGUCCCUUGAGUCAGUUGAAAUGGAAAGCCCGAUCACGGAGAAAGAAACAGAGAAGAAACUGGUUAGAUACUUUCUAGACAACGCGACAUCACUCAAGAAGCUCGUUCUACGUUUGUAUCUGUCUCAGGGAGAGAAACACGAGUCUGAUGAUCACUUUAAAUCACUCUUUGACUCUCCAAGACGCUCUAGUGUGUGUAAAUUCGAAGUUAUUACAGUGGUUCAGACUGCGAAAGUAUGAAUAAAACUU